UGAGUGAACACAAACCUGGUCUUUCCUGCUUUGAGUGCGGCCCAAACAGCUUGGCCCCGCUGGCAGCCUCCUCCACACUGAAUGCGGCCUUCUAAGUGACGGAGGGGCUGUAAUUUGAGGAGCACAGAGGUAGCCUAUUAUUAGCCAAAAACCGAAGCGCGGCACUUGAGACAUCCAGAUGUUGCGUUUGAGGCACCAAGUGAAGUCGGGUGUACAACGGUUUGCUGAGGCUGAAACAAGCUCGCACGCACUGCUUUCCUGUUCACCGACAGUGAUGGAGGCUGGCAGGAUCGAUUAAAGGAAGACAAGUGGGGCUGCUGCAAAUAUUUUUCACGGCGCUUUUAUCUGUUUGGGCAAAGGGGAUACUGAGGAGGACGUGAACGCUCCAACAAAGUCUCAGCUGAACUACGCAGUUUGGACGUUUAACGUGACUGAAAUGUUUGCGUUUCUACGCCCGGUUGGAAUUGAACAGUCAAGCCCCUGACACUGUAGCUGACAUAACGUGUACACCUCUGUUGCCUGUUUGUGAGUGUGUUUUGGGUCAAGUGGGGAAUCAUGGCUUUUCUUAACAUGCUCCUAUGUGCCGGGAUGUUAUCACUGCAAAUGUGUGGAGCUUAUUUCACCGGACCAUUACAUCCGGAGAUGUCCAACGGCACUUUUCAUCAUUAUUUCGUGCCGGACGGCGACUACGAGGAAAACGACGACCCGGAGAAAUGUCAGAUGCUUUUCAAAAUGACUGACGAGCGAAAGUGCGGUCUCGACGAGGACCAGGACGCCGUCAUACGUGAUGAUUUCACCAUCAUCAAGAGGCAGAUUGAGGACUCGGCCAGGGUGCUGGAGGGAAUCGGGAAAAGCAUCUCUUACGACCUGGACGGAGAGGACAGCUACGGGAAAUACUUGCGUAGGGAGACGGCUCAGAUAAGCGAGGCGUUCACAAACUCGGAGAAAUCUCUGCUGGAGCUGGAGGUGAAAUUCAAGCAGAGCCAGGAGAGCGAGCUGAAAGAGGAGCACCGGCUCAACGACGACUUCCUGAACAUGAUAGUGCACACGCGGGACGUCCUGAAGGAGACGUUGGACAUUUCUCUGGGACUGAAGGACAAGCACGAGCUCCUGUCUCUGAUCAUCCGCAGCCACGGCACGAGGCUGAGCAGACUGAAGAACGAAUACAUGAAGUUCUGAGAUAAAAUAGUUCCCGCAGGUCUCAUUACAGUAGCCUUCUAUUUUUUAUUAUUUGUUUUAUUUUUAUGGUGGAGUGUGACCACGAGGCUGAGGCAGGGGUGAUAAAUUUGAGCAAUCAUAUCAGGGAUAAAACCAAAGCUUCAAGUAAAGCAUAAAAAGAAAACACAUUUUUCCCGCUGAACUCUAAACCAGUGGCCUCCAACUUGGGGAAUCGGGACCCCUCCGGUGGGUCAAAACAUAUGGUAUAAGAUCCCAAGAUGAUUCAUGAGAUAGGGAAGAACGACAACUUUUCUCUCAUCCUUCCUUUCAUUCUUGUAAAACUUUGGCAGUCCACAUUUACUGAAGCUGAAAAUGAGUGGAAUUAAAUGAUCUGGGCAGUUAGGAGGUAAAAUCUGUCUUACAGCUCAUACCCACACAGAUAGUCUUUGGUUGAAUUUGCACAGAUUUCGUGAUCCCUGUCUGUAAAACUGGAUUAUCAAACUGGCAAAGAAGGUAACUGUCCCCGAGGUCCCAGAGCCCCCAGGGGCCCCCAAAGCCCCACAUUCUCUGUAUCAGUUGUGUUUUGGUGAUUUGGUAAUUGUUUGCACUACUAAGGUGCAAUAUCAACUAUGAUGGCUCCUACAUUAUUACUUGAUCUCAUGGCUCAGUUUUGUAGAGGGGCCACCUGUCAGAAUGUUUUAGGACCUUGAUUAAUUUAGUUCGUAAUGUGCUCAGUUCCUGUAAUAAUAAUAAUAAUAAUAAUGAUAAUAAAGGUAUACUGAAAGGUAUAUAUAAAAACCUGAGCAUGUAAAGCCUUUGCAAGGAAAGUAAACAGUAAGAUAAUGUGUUGUUCUGAACUUUUCAAAAAGUCUGUUGGACUGAUAUGACACCAACAAUCUUACUUUUUAUAGAAAGACCAUGAGGACAGACAAUAUCUUUAUUUCACAGCAUAUGCAUUCAGUAACCAGAAAAGAAUGUCCGCUUUUGGCUGAUCCAGCAAACCAAAUAUCCAAUAAAUCAGAGUACUUCAUGUUAUUAAAUAUCCAGUAUUGCCAUAAAGUGUUUCUGUUCGGCUUGGAGUUCAUAGAACUACGACGUGAACCAUAUGGAAAAAUCCCCUAAUGAAUAAAUAUAAUGUAACUGUCAUAUUGCCCAAUCCUAUACACCCUUUUUAUAGUCACAUAAAAACACAGUAGUGGUUACAUAACAGAUUUAAAAUUGCUAAAUACAAACAGCAGUAAUAUUUUCUGUUGUAUGAUCUUAUUGUUAGUUAAACUUCCACCAGUCACUAAACCAAAACUGUCUUUUUUUCUUGGUAUAGUAAUUUUUGAUUAUUGCAUUGAAUUUACCUGCCGACAGUCACAGGUGUGUGUGUGUGUGUGUGUGUGUGUGUGUGUGUGAAAAACAACGACUUCUAACAGGAGUCAGCCAGUCAACAAAGUGAGAACAGGAACUAUCAGUUUUCAAACCAUAUGUACUCUCAUCAGGAGAAGGUCUCUCAUCCGGUCUUCUGAAUGAAAAAAAAUGGAGUUUGUUGGGUUGAGUGAGUUUUCAGAAAUUUAGCUGAUUUAUUCAUUCAUUCAUAUUCUCUGGUAAAUGCUGCGGUUGUUUGAUUUUUGACCCCAAAAGCUGAAGAAACGAGUCUUGGAAAACUUCGUACAGCAGUGAAGCUACUGGGUGGACCUCGUGUAGAAGCCUGGUUCAAAGCUCCUACGACGAGCAACAUUAUUGUUGCUCUUCUCUGACACUCCAGAUCAACGUUUCUAAGAGUGUCAAAGAAUGUUUACAUAUGAACACGUAUCUGAUGUAUUUUAUUUGCUUUAUAGGCUAGCACACUUUGCACAAUUCUUUACUGUUCCGGUGAUAAAGGUUGUGACAUGGUUUCAAAUGCAAGGCCUUUGCUGUGCUGUUCUGCACAGGCAGUAUAAUCUUGGAAAAUGUACAGUAUAUUAUUAGAAGUAAGUAAAUACUGUGAGUACCAAUAUCUUUAUUAAAGAACACCUUAAUAUGUAUUCAUUGUUUAUAUAAAGUUUUGAAAUAGAGCCGCGUAUAUCUGUUCUUGUUUACCUUGGUGGUGAGAUGUGACACUUUGAUGGAUAAGACUGCAGGCAGCAUCAUGGACGAUAGCGUCAAACAUUAAUCUGUGUGACAACAUUCUAUACAGAUUGUGUGGUAUCUUCUCAAAUAAAGAGUUUGUGUUUUAAAUACA